GUCGGCAACGAGGUGAUUGGGGAGUCCUCAUCCCGGGAUGCGGGACACCCAGACUCCGCUCCACCUCCGCGGGUGGUUGAGAUGGCUGAGGGAAGGCCGCGGGGCCCGGAUUUUCUUCCAUUCAUAUGUGAUGGUUGUUCAGGAAUAUUUUGCCUGGAACACAGAAGCAGAGAGUCACAUGGCUGUUCUGAGGUAACUAUAAUCAAUGAGAAAUUGGAGAUAGAUAAAUGUACACCUUAUCCAUGCUCAUUCAAGGACUGUGCUGAAAGAGAGCUUGUGCCAGUUAUAUGUCCUUAUUGUGAGAAGAAUUUUUGCCUGAGGCACCGUCAUCAGUCAGAUCAUGAAUGUGAAAAACUGGAAAUCCCUAAGCCUCGUAUGGCUGCCACUCAGAAACUUGUUAAAGACAUUAUUGAUUCCAAGACAGGACAAGCAGUGAGUAAACGACGGAAAGGUGCAAAAAAUAAUGAAACAGCUGCAAAGGUUGCAUUGCUGAAAUUAAAGAUGCGUGCUGAUGGGGAUAACUCAUUGCCACAGUCAGAAAGAAUUUACUUUCAGGUUUUCUUACCUAAGGGAAGCAAAGAAAAGAGCAAACCAAUGUUCUUUUGCCACCGAUGGAGCAUUGGAAAAGUCAUAGAUUUUGCAGCUUCUUUAGCCAGUCUUAAAAAUGACAAUAACAAAUCAAUGGCUAAGAAAUUAAGGUUAUGUCACGUUACUUCAGGAGAAGCCUUACCCUUGGAUCAUACUUUGGAAACAUGGAUUGCUAAGAAGGAUUGCCCUUUAUAUAAUGGUGGAAAUAUUAUCUUGGAAUAUCUUAAUGAUGAAGAACAGUUCUUAAAAAAUGUUGAAUCUUACUUGGAAUAGCCGCUCAAGGAUUCAAGCCAGAAAUCAUAAGAAAACUUCUGUGUACAUAGCUGUUACUCUCCUCCAUGCCAUCUUUACUCCAGGAUCCAUGCUGAAGGAGCAGCCCUUUUCCAAGGACAUGGCCGUUCUUUUGUCAGAGGAAGAAGGAGAUGGCAGACAUAGGGACUGAUUCUUAGAAGACACGCGUAUCACUUUUUUUUUUUUUUUUUUUAGCAAGUCACAUGGCCAAAAGUUCAUGGUGCCAGGAAGUAGAGUCUUACCUAUGUCACAAUUUGUGUAAAUUGAUGUGUGUAUGUGAAUCAUGGAAAUUUAAGAGAGAAUCUCAUUCAGUCUUCUAAGAUUUUGAAUGAAGAAUCUGAGGCCCAGGAAGGGAAAUGAAUUCUUGGUGUCCCCCAACUACUUUGAGGCAAAUACCUGACAAAGAGACCCCUCCAGUGGUGUUUACCUUUUUGUUUGUAUGAAUAUAUUACAAAUGAGAAUAAUGGAGUAGACCAACUUAAGUAUACUCUCUCUCUUCACACAAAAGCAAAAUGCAUGCCAAAAGUAAUUGCAUUUUACCAACAAAUUGAAAUUAAUGCUUCUGACUGAUGCAUUUUUUCUAUACCCAAAAAGUACUUUCUAUAGAAGAAACAAAUUAUUUUUAUUUGCUCUUUGUCUAAUUUCUAUUAUAAUUGUCUUGGAUGUGUAUAUAAUUGUCAUGGACAUGGUUUUAGGUUUUAUUAAAAGAACAAACUCAGAAUGCUCAUUUGGUCUAUUUCAUUCCUAAUUCUGCAUUCUUCAUAUUGUUUUCGUGUGGGGAGUGGUGAUAAUUUCAAACUUAUAUCAGGUGCUUAUACAUUCAUACAUUGACAUGGUUAUUUAAGUACCUACUAAAUACAAGGAUUUGUUUCAGAUUGCUAUAGAGGGCACAACAAGGAGAUAUAAGGAUGCAUAUAGCUGUAAUACAAAGCAAUGUGACAGAUGCCAAAUGAGUAAUAUAGAUAGCAAAUAAAGCCAUGUUCCACUUGCACUUCUAUCAGAAACUAAAACCGUUUCAUAAUACAUUAAAUCCUUAAGUAUGUUCCGAGAUACCAGAAAGUUUUAAUCCAAUCUCAUACCUUAGGAUCUAUCACAUAGUAAGUGAUCACCACAUCUCAUGAAUUGAACUAAAGCUAAAUGUUUUCCAGGAAAAAAAAAAAAAAAAACUGGUCAGGGGAGAAAAGGUAAG